CAUCAAACGCUCUCCCACCUUAAACAGCUCGUCGGGAAGUCCAUCCAGCUGCUUGCCUUGGUCUUCUUCAGGUCUUUGUUGAUUCAGUCUAUUUCCCGAUCUCUUUUCCCAUUGCGACAGCACUGCGCAGAAUGGCCGAUGUCUCCGAGCCAGAGGUAGUAUCUGAUGCCGCCCCAGCAUCGGCAGCCGACGUGCUAUCGGGCUCCGAAGCUCCCGUGACCGACCACGAGGGACUGUCGACGGACGCAGAGAAAGCAUCGCCGAAGGCCGCGAAGACGUCCUCAGUAGCGUCCCGGGUAAAGGCCAUGGAAAACGCAAAGCCGGGCUCACGCACCUCCGCGCCGCCCGUCAAGAAGCCUACAACAACCAGCGCGGCUCGUGCUACGGCUAGCUCAGCGACGGCGAGCAAGACGUCUCCGUCCACAGCUGUGAAGAGUAGUUUGAGCAAGCCCCCGACCCGGCCGACGACCACAUCAUCGGCAGCUCGCCCGUCCACCACAACCACAAGUGCCAAUGGGUUGAAUAAGCGUAUGAGUACUGCAUCGACGUCCUCGACGGAUGGUUCGAAGCCUCGUACUUCACUUGCGGCAUCAAAGAGCAGCGUGACAAGCCCAACGAAAGCUCGCUCUUCGACCGUGGCUCCUGCGGCAACAGCCUCAGCUGCAAGGACCACUACUCGACCUUCGGCAGCAUCAGCAACUAGAUCUUCCAUGGCACCGCCUGCAAAGCCAGCUUCUGCUACAGCACGAGCAACGCCUAGCUCCGCGACAAGCGCAACUAAACGAGCGUCGAUUUCUAAGCCUGCUCCUCCCGCCGACGCAUCUGCGAGUGUUGCCGAAGCUGAGUCGUUGAAAGUUCAGAUUCAGGAGCUAGAGCAAAAGGCGGCAGAACUUGAGAGUCAACUUGCUGCUGCAAAAGAGGAGGCCUCCAAAGUUGAAGAAUUGCAGGCCAGCCUUGACAAGGCGACAGCCGAUGUCGAGGCGCUAAAGUCGCAACUGGCAGAUGCAACUGCAUCUUUAGAGUCUGGUUCUGCAAAGUCUGCGGAUGAAUUGGCUGCCCUACAGAAGACUGUUGACGAUCUUCAAUCUGAGUUGGGUACGGCAAGAAAUGCAUCCUCGGAGCAAGCCGAAGGGCUCAACAACACGAUCGCAGAGCUCCAAGCGCAGCUCGCGACCGCAAAAGAUGGCGAAAAAGGACUUGCUUCACAGAUUGAAGCUCUUCAGUCUGAGCUUGUAGCUACCAAGCAGUCUCAUGCUGAUGCCAGUUCAUCCCUCGCAUCACUUCAGGAGGAAUUGGCCGCUGCUAAGCAAGCGUCAUCAUCCCAACUUGAGGCCCUUCAAACAGAAUUGGCAGCUGCUAGACAGGCAUCUGGUGACAGCGCCUCCAAGAUUGAUGAACUCCAGGCUCAAGUAGCAGCUGCCAGCCAAAACGAAACCGCCUUUGGAAGUCAGAUAUCUGCACUACAGGAAGAGCUAGCAGAGGCCAAGCAACUCCAUGCAGAUGCUAUUGCUCGUAUUGGUGAACUCGAACAGGCUCACGCCGUAGCACUGGAACAAGCCAAGUCUGUUGGCUCUUCAGAAAUAGCUGCUCUUCAGGACAAGAUCAAAAUCUUGACUGAAGAACUGGAAUCCGCAAAAGCAGCUCACAAUUCGACUAUUUCGGACUUGCAAUCAAAGCAUGACAAGGAACUGGAAGAUCUUAAGUCCAACCAUACUUCAGCUCUCGAAGCAUCUAAGGCUGCUGGAUCUUCUGAAAUUUCGACCUUGCAAGAGCAAAUUGCUGCCCUUACAGCUGAGCUGGAGUCGGCGAAGGCGUUAUACACAAAAUCUGCAAAUGAGUCAGCCAAGGAAAUGGAAGAUCUGAAGGCUGCUCAUACCAUUGCUUUGGAAGAAGCGAAGGCUGCUGGAAGUGCCAGUCUCCAGGCUCAACAUGAAGCUGCCUUACAAGAGCUCGAAUCCAAGCACGCAGAUGCAAGCGCCACAGCCGCAAAAGAACUUGAGGACCUAAAAGCUGCACAUGCUGAAGUUGCCGCUCAACAUGCGAAGACCAUCUCGGAGCUCGAGAGCAAGCACUCAGCUGUCCUUGCCGAAUUAGAAGCCAAGCAUGCAGCUGCACUUCAAGCUGCAAGCGACACGUCUGAGUUGCAAGCUCAACAUGCCGCAGCUCUGAAUGACGAAAGGGCUGCAAGAGCCAAGGAGCUUUCGGACCUACAGGCAAGUCAUGAGGCUGCCAUCAAAGAGCUCGAAAUCAAGCAUGCGAAUGCACUAGAAGAAGCCAGAAGCUCCAGCUCCAAGGAGGUUUCCAGCCUGCAAGCCGCGUUAGAAGAGUCAAAGACUUCAUUUGCGUCCCGAAUUUCUGAACUAGAGGCCGCACAUAGCACAGCAAUCAAGGAGCUUGAGGAUAAACACGCCGCGGCAUUGGCUGCUGCUGGAGAUACGUCUGAAUUGCAAGCUCAACAUGCUGCAGCAAUCAAGGAACUCGAAACUAAGCAUGCUGCAGCUCUCGAGGAGGCUGCUGCUAGUACGCAAUCCGUCAUUGCUGAUUUUGAGGCCAAACACGCCGAGGCGCUAGCUGCAGGAUCCGAAAACACGUCGAAGCUCGAGGCAACUAUUUCGCAGCUGAAGUCAGAUCUUGAGGCUCUUCAACAUGAGCACACAGCAAUAAAGGAGGCGCAUUCAAAAGAACUCAGCAUUCUGCAAGAGACUCAUGCGGCUGAGAUUGCCAAGCUCAAGUCCAGUUCCGAUGAUAUGGAUGCCAUUCAGCAGACCAAUGCUCUGUUGAAAGAACAGAUAGAAUCAAUGUCAGCUGCUCAUGCAGAUGCGCUCAGCAAGCUCGAGGAAAAGUACAAGACAGCUCUGAGUGAAAGUGAGUCAAAGAGCGCGAAGGAGCUCGAAUCGGUUGUAGCAUCUCACAUGGACAAUCUCCGCGUUCUUGAAGCUAAGCUGGCCCAAACAGAGGAGAAGGCUCAGAGUAUGGAGUCUUUCGUAAAAGAGCUUAAAGAUGAACUCGAAUCAGGUAAAAUUGACAAAGCAGAACUCGAAGCUAAGCUUUCUGCCGCAGAAGCUGCUGCGAAGGAGUCUGCGGUGUCGCUGGCGCAGUCGAAGGCUGAACUUGCAAAGAUCGCGGAGGAACUUAAGGCCAAAGACAAUGAGCUUAAGGUGGCCAAGGAAGCCGAAGAACAUCUCAGUGAACAGGUUAUCAAGAACGCCGAACUUCAGUCCGAGAACCAGGAGCUCAAAGCUCGUCUUGUUAAACUUGAGGAGUCCAUGAAAAUUCUUGAGGGUGCGCCCGCGAAGUCGAGCCCUGGCCUGAAGCAAAGCAAACAUGCCCCCGAACCAGCCGAAGGUAGUGGUGCGUCCGUCUCCAGUCCUGUUGAAGGCAGUGUGAGCCUCCCUCCCUAGCAAAUGUUCUGCUGUAGUGUUUGUCUGUUUCAUGGACGCGCUGCAUGAGACGGCUUGUUUGGACGGGUCGUCCUUUGUAUUGCCCUCCUCAUGUCAUGUAUUCGGAUCAUUGGACUUAUGCUGAUUGAUCUUCUUUUAGUUGGAGAUGAUGCAAAGCCAGCUGAAGGCACUUGAGGAACUUGACAACCAGUGGGGCACAGAAAAUGAACGCAUCCACGAUACGGUGUCUGAAUGGCAUACCAAGACUGCCUGAACUUGUCCAGCGCCUCCUUUCACACCGUUUUCGAAGAUUACUUCGUAAUCGACCUCCUGGCUGCCCAAAUAUCAGCAAAUCUCUUACAUAAACUUGUCGUUACCGCCAUAUUUCCCCAAAGUGUGUUUGGCCAAAUUGCCUUUCAGAUACCCCUAUUGCUUGCCACCUUCAGCGUAUGCGUCCUUAACCGCGCUUAUCGAUCAAAAACGGAGAGGAGGUUUGAAUAUUUCGAAGAUUUGUGGAUUGUGGAUAGUUAUGAUUGGAGUGUCCUCGUGUUCCACGUUUGAUUUGGUACGUAGGCUGAGAGUCGUUGACAGCAGCAAGGUAGCUCAAUACGAUCGCGCUAAUAGGACUUUUCCUGGUUUACCACAAUUGCUUUCAGUCGCCUGAAUAUUAAACUUUCGUCCUCAGAAUAUUGGAGAGAUAAGGUCUAUGAUGCAUAGAGGUUGCAGACCACUUCAGUUUUAUUUGGCUGAGUUUGUAAAACAAAAACGCUCACCCAUGAGCCAGACCGUGUCCGGCAGCUAAACAUGCAAACGUAGAUACGUCGUUUCUGAUCAUGGGAUUUCUUGCA